ACAACUCUUUCAUUUCAAUCAUUAAUCAGCAAUGGUCCAAUUCCUCUCAUUCGGUCUUUCGUUAAUAGCCUCAUUAGUUUUGGCUUCCUCCGUCACUGCUGGCCCAACCUGUGUUGUUGCUAAAAGUAGCUCUGACGAUUCCAUUACCAUUGCUAAAGCCUUCAACGAUUGUAAAAAUGGUGGUACUGUCAACUUCCCCAAAGGCACCACAUACAAUAUGAAGUCUGUCCUCAACAUUCAAGGUUUGAAGGGUGUCACUGUCAACUUCCAAGGUCAGAUUAAUUUGCCUCCUUUCAACAAGAGCUUCAAGGGUGGUAACGCCUAUAUCUCCAUCAAGGGUGAUCACAUAAACUUCUCUGGUGGUGGUACCAUUGUCGGUAACGGUCAAACAUGGUGGGAUAUCAAGGACACCACUGCACCUACUGUUCUUAGAAUUGGUGCUACCAACUCUGACUUUGGUCAUUUCAACAUUCUUAACUCCCCCAGAGCCCAUAUGGGUAUGACUGGCUCCAAAAACGUUGUUCUCCAUGAUGUUUACUUAAAGACUGUUUCUGCCAACAGCAACUUGCCCAAGAACACCGAUGCCUUGGAUGUUUCUUCUUCGUCUGACAUUAUCUUUAAGGAUUCCAACUUAUUCGUCGGUGAUGAUUGUACUGCUAUUAACGGUGGUGUUACUAACAUGACCAUCUCCAACGUUCAUUGUACCGGUGGUCACGGUUUCAGUGUCGGAAGUCUUGGUAAGGGUGGAGCUACUGAGUACGUCAAGGAUGUCACUGUUGUUAACAGUAUCUGUACCAACUGUCAAAACGGUUUGAGAAUUAAGACCUGGAGUGGUGGAAAGGGUUCUGUCCAAAAUGUUAAGUUUAACAAUGUCCAACUUAUCAACACUGAUAACCCAAUUAUUGUCACCACACAUUACUGUGAUAAGAACCAAAUGUCUUACUGUCAAAAGAGUGAUGGCUCUUCCUUGUCUAUCAGUGGUGUUACUGUCAGUGGUAUUUCUGGUUCUGCUUCAUCUGCCGGCAAGCCUAUUGUCAACAUCAACUGUUCUUCUGGAUCUCACUGUAGUAACUUUUCCAUCUCUGGUGUCACUGUCAAGAAGGCUGCCAAAACUCCCAAGAACAUCUGUACCUACCUUGAUAACUCUGGUAAAAUUGGAGUCUGUAGCCAAUAAACAGCGUCUUGCUUGACGCAUUAUAGAUAGUCAAAUUCGCAUACUGUAGAAAUAAACUAUAAUUUACACUCUUA